CUCUCCUCUCCACCCACACACACGCGUAACCUUCUACACCACCUUGCUCAAGAAUAAUCAGCUUUCAGCUGCACUGACAUGGAAGGAGACACAGGCAGCCGAUCUGAGAAAGAGGUCGCUGUGGUCACAGGAGGCAACAGGGGAAUUGGGCUAGAGAUAUGCAGGCAACUGGCUUCCAGUGGAGUCACCGUAGUGUUGACAGCAAGGGACGCGGAGAGGGGCGCGGAGGCAGCCAGCACGCUUGGGCUACCCAACGUCGUCUUCCAUCAGCUGGAUGUCGGCGAUCCGUCGAGCGCUGCACGCUUAGCUGGUUUUAUCGAGGAGAAGUUUGGCAGGCUGGAUAUAUUGGUCAACAAUGCAGCAAUUACUGGAACGACAAGUAACGUCGACGAUCCAGAAGCUUUUCGUCAAGAGCUCGCAGGCAUGGAUCUCAUGCAGAGGAUCGAAGCAAUCAACAAGCACAACACAGAACCGUACGAGCAAGCACAGAAGUGCUUGCGGACGAACUACCACGGGACCAAAGCUGUCACAAAAGCGCUGCUCCCUCUUCUGCAGUCCUCGUCCCAUGGAAGGAUCGUUAACCUGUCAUCCUCCUAUGGACUACUCAGGUUUUUCAGCGGAGACGAACUGAAAGAGGAGCUCAGCAGCAUCGAUGGCCUGUCCGAACAGAGGCUGGACGAGCUGUCAGAGCUGUUUCUCAAGGACUUCAAGGAUGGGCAGCUGGAGGCUCGAGAGGGUGGCCCAAUGAAGGAGGGUUCGUCACGUACAAGGCGUCCAAGGCGCUCGCGAACGCCUAUUCCCGGAUCCUUGCGAAGGAGCACCCGUCGCUGUGCGUCAACUGUGUGCAUCCUGGCUACGUCCAGACGGACAUGAACUUCCGGUCUGGGCAUCUGACGGUCGAGGAGGGCGCGCGGGGAGCUCUCAUGCUGGCCAUGGCGCCCAAGGGAGGCGUCACUGGCGCGUUCUUGGACCACACUGAGGUCGCGUCCUUCGUGUAAUAUAUAUGCUCGCACCUUGCAACCAUAAAUAUAACUCAGAUUUGCCUUCUCUAUUAUUUCUGUAUUUUUAGAAACCAACACCCAUAUAUUGUACCAUGUAAUUUGUAUGCGAUUGAAGUGUUCUACCUUUGUAUCCUUCGUUUUUCAGUGUUUUAAAUCGCCGGCUAAUAAGGCAUUU